CAUCAGGGACGUUUUACUGGGAAAGUCGGUUUUUCCGAGUGGCACCGCAUCCGGAUAAGCGAUUUGAGUUAUCCGACCUAAUUUCGCAGCGAGCGCGCUGACUCGCUCGCCCAUCAUGGGAAACGCUGGAUCGAGCCGCGAGAAGAAGGACGCCAAGGCUAUCACGAAGAAGAGUGUCCAAGCACAGAAGAUUGAUCGUGCGCAUGCGACUGGCAUCUUGUCCUUGAAAGGCUGCAAAUUGAAGCAGGUUCCAGUCGAUGUGUUCAACAUCCCGACCCUGCACACGCUCGAUCUGUCCCUGAACGACAUCACAGAGCUUCCACCCCGCAUCGCGCAAUUGACUGCGCUCAAGACGCUCAAAGUAGAUGGCAACCAGCUUACACGGCUUCCAGACUUGUCUCCAUUGGUCAAACUCAACAAUUUGGUCGCCGACAAUAAUGUCAUCGCCGUGAUCGAUGGUCUUCCCAUGAGCUUGUCCAAGUUGAGCGUUCGAAACAACAAGCUUACGUCGUUUCCCCGGUGCAUUUCGUCCCUCGCUCGCCUCGAAGUGUUGGAUGUUGCAAUGAACUUGGUUACCGAAGUGCCGGCGGUAGUUGCACAAUGCGCACAACUCAAGGAACUCAACGUCGACUACAACCGUCUGCAGUAUGUGCCGCCUGCAUUAGGCCAGUGCAGCAAGUUGACGACCUUGUUUGCUCGACACAACCAACUUGGACCGCCCCAAUCACUCGCCCCUGAGUUUCUGCAGCAUUCCUCUGUGAAUGUCAUGCAGCUGGAAGGCAACCCGAUGACUAAGCACGACUUGGAGGCCAUGGAAGGCGUGGCAGCCUUCCUCGAACGGCGCAAGAUAUUGAAGGACAAGGAAAUUCACGGUGGGCUCAGCACCGACGUCAGCCUGUGUGGCUUGGAUUAAGUAGCACCAUGUAUAUGCUACUGAUUGGUUAAUAGUUGCAAAAUAUUAGCGAAUCCAACAACGCAUAUACACAUAGAGCAAUAGGAUUCGUCGAAAUGCGAAUAUAAUCAACGAAUCAAAGUUGCAAAUAGCAAGUUC